CCCUCGGCUCAACAAUCACAUCCAUUCUCUGUCUUGGUCACAAUCUUCUCUGCUUUCUCGCAUCGCCAAAACCAAAAAGUGCUUCUCCCUUCCACGAUUUCGAUCUUAAUCUUACCGUGGAACCGUUUGUGAAUGGUGGAAACGAAUCCGAUUGGUGAUAAGUUUACUUUCCCCCUUCACAUCCAAAGAGCAAGCUUCCUCCUCCCCCUCUCUUCUUCCUCUGCUUUCUCUUUCGGUUCCUGCAAAGAAGGCUGGUACUUUCGCUGCCUCGGCCUCGACCCGUGAAUCUCAAUCUCAUCAACAAACCCUAGUUUCAUCUCGUAAAUUUAGGGUUUUAUUUCUGCUGAAUUUUUUUUCGAAGAUGUUGCUCUACAACAAGCAGAAGAAGAACGCUAAGGGAAACAGAAUCCUUAUCAGCGUUACCGUUCUCGGUAGCGCCGGUCCGAUCCGGUUCCUUGCGUACGAAGAAGAUCUCGUAGCUUCGGUUAUCGACACUGCUCUCAAGUGCUACGCUCGUGAAGGUCGCCUUCCUCUUCUCGGAUCCGACUUCAAUGAUUUCAUUCUCUAUUGUCCCAUGGUUGGACCUGAAUCUAUGAGCGCGUGGAAAGGUAUUGGAUCGCUUGGUGCAAGGAACUUUACUCUGUGUAGGAAGCCAGAGGAGAAGAAUAAGGUGGUCAAGGAAGGUGAUGGAGCUAGAAAAGGAGGAAGCUUCAAAGCUUGGAUCAACAAGUCCUUCAGUCUCAGAGUAUUGGCUGUGUCGUGUGAAUAACCAAACAAACAAACGUCACUAGUCUAUUACUUUAUAGUAACAGAGCUGAUACAGUGAUUCAGUGGUAUGUGUUGUGCCCGUGAUGAGAAGAAUAAUAUGGUGAAGAGGAGACGUCAACGUAGAAUCCAAAAAUAAAAAUGAUCAAAUAUGUGUUGAUUAAAAAAGGCUAAAGAAACUUUGCAACAGAAGAAACAAAAAAAAAAAGUACAGAUAAUGAUCAAUACAGUAGAGUAGAUUCCGUACUAACCGUGCAUUCCACAGCCUUGCCGUGCUUCACGUGUUUUACUUCUUCCAUCACGAAAACGAUCCCUGCCCAACUCUCAUUAUCCAACACUUAUAUUUCUAGAUGCUUCUAGAAGUACUAAAAUGACACGAUGUGUUUGUGUCUCGCUGAAACGUGUACAUCACGCUAAGGUUUUGAGACAUAUACAGUAUAUAGUAAACUAUUAUGACUAAGCUCUACACAAUCACUACACACAAUUUACUCG